AAUAUUUAACACAACUUUCAAGAUAAGAAUUGAGAUAAUAGCCACCUAGUAUUGUGAACAUCUUCAAGGCUACAUUUACAUUAAUUAUCGCAAAUUUGACAAGCAGUAUUGGUAAAUUGUAGGUAAUAAAAAUUCAUAUGUGAUUCGGGCUGUGUCUUGAUAAGAUGUCUUUAAAAACAUUAUUUCUUAGAGGAAGUCUAAUAAAGGGAAAUAAAUUUAUUAACUUCACGCCAAUAAUUAUUCGAAAUCAACAUGAAAGGCGAAGGAGCAAUACAAGAAAGUUCAUUGGAGCAACAUCCGCUUUUAUUUUUGGUUCUGUUGCAGUGGGAUUAGCUAAUGAAAAGGACAAGGCUAAAGAUGAAAUCAUUGAAGCUGGUAAAAAGAGACCUGAUCUACCAACAUACAGAGCUGAGGAAGUCAGCAAGCAUGAUAGCAAAUCAAGUUUCUGGGUAAUCUACAAGAAUGGGGUCUACGACGUGACAUCGUUCCUGCCGUCUCAUCCCGGAGGUGCACAGAUUUUAAACGCAGGCGGCUUUAGCAUUGAACCAUUCUGGAAUGUGUAUGGAAUGCAUAAAACCGCAGAGAUAUUUGCAUUGUUGGAAUCGUACAGGAUUGGAAACCUUCAUGAUGAAGAUGUAAUGGACCAUAGUGAUCACGAAUUAUGGGUGAAAGAGCCGUAUAGAGACAAGCGAUUGAUUGUGAAGACCGCGAAGCCUUUCAAUGCUGAAAUACCACCUAAGGAGCAGGUGGAACAUUUUGACACACCUAAUGAAUUGUUCUACGUCCGUCAACACAUGCCGGUGCCGGAAUUGGAUGAAAAAACACAUUCAUUUAAAAUAUACGUCAAAGGUGUCAAUAAACAGUUCGAAUUCAGUUUAUCAGAGCUAGACCGCUUUCCAAGAGUUUCUAUCCGGGCUGCGCUCAUGUGCGCGGGAAAUAGACGAAGCGAGAUGAACAAGGUGAAGCCUGUGAAGGGGCUGAACUGGGCUGGUGGCGCCAUCAGUAACGCAGUGUGGACUGGUGUACGACUCCGAGAUUUGUUAAUACAUUGCGGCGUUGACUUAGAAGAUACGGAGGGGAAACAUGUUAUUUUUACAGGCGCGGAUAUGGAUGCGACAGGCGUUAACUUCAGUACGUCGAUACCGCUCCACCAGGCGGUGGAUCCUCGCGCAGACAUAUUAAUAGCUACGCAUAUGAAUGGAGUGCCAUUACCCCCUGACCACGGUUAUCCGUUGAGAGCUAUAGUGCCCGGUGCGCCGGCCGUACGCAGCGUCAAAUGGCUUGAAUCUAUAACCAUCUCCCGCGAAGAAAGCCCUUCCCAUUGGCACCUGAAAGACUACAGGAGUUUCAAUUCAAGCAAGACCUGGGAAACGGCGGAUUUCAGUACGGCUCCACCUGUUUAUAGUCUGCCUGUUACCUCAGCUCUAUGUGACCCUGUAGAUGGCGACACUGUCAAUGUCGAAGGGGGCUGUGUUGCUCUUAAAGGUUAUGCGUAUUCUGGAGGUGGAGCAAAAAUCUUAAGAGUAGAUGUCAGUAUGGACCAAGGUCAAAGUUGGAUAGAAGCGGAAUUAAAAAGCGAUCGGGCACCACCGGGCCAACAUUACUCCUGGACACUAUGGACGUUGAAUGUUCCCGUUAAACGUGGAAACACCAAGAUGGAAGUGUGGGUGAAAGCAACAGAUAGCAACUUUAAUAGUCAGCCAGAGAAAUUUGACGAUAUUUGGAACAUACGGGGUAUACUUGGAAACGCCUACCACAAAGUUAAAUUUAACGUUAAACAUAAUUAAACCCUUAGCAAAAAAUGUUAAAAAUUUAAAUAUUUAAUCGUUUAUCCUAAAAACGGUUAUAAAAUGACGAAGGCCAGCUGAGAUCUAUAUUAAAUAUAGUAAACUUGAGACUUGGCUAUUAGAUAGAUAUGUUCUUUUUAGUAUAAUUUUAAGAUGUACGUAACUUAAUGUUAUUCAUAAUAGUGAAAUGACUAUAAGCUUCAAUAUAAAAAAAAAACUAUUUGUAAUUUAGGAUAUAAAAAUAAGUUAUGAAUUUAUAUACAUAGUCAUAUCUUCUCACCUCUGUAGAGUUGUAUAUUCAUUUAUAGUCCAUCGUGUAUUUAAUUUUAAU